AUGGCACCUAUGGAUGACGAUUUCGUCCUCACCCUCUCCGACAACGAAGAUGGCUUCGCCGACGAAUUAGCAGAAACCGAAGCAGAGCCUGCACAACUCUCCAACAAGAAGCGCAAGCGCGACUCGGACGCCGCAAACCUGUCCAAAAAAGAUAAAAAGAGCAAGAAGCAAAAGAAGAAGCAACAACAAACAGCCGACUCAGACGACGAGGAAGAACAGCAAGCUGUUGAUGAGGAUCUGGAUCCGGAGUUUGAGUUCCAACUUGGCGAUGGCACGACGGCGAAUAUGGAAGACUUUGAUGGCUGGACUGCUCACAAUGCGCAAAAGAAUGCUGGCAAGAGGAUUGUGGAUAUCGAUGAUAUUAUUGCAAAGAGGAGGCAGGACAAGAAGACGGAUGCUGAGGAGAAGGCUGCAGAUGAGGAAGAGGAGGCUGAGUUUGCUGGCUUGAGCGAUGAUGGUGAGGAUGAGCUUCUCGCCGAAGAUGGCUUUGGUAUGGGUGCUGCUCCUGGAGUCGAGAAGGACUCUGAAGACGAAGAGGAAGACGAGGAUGAGGACAAGGACAGCGAUGCUGAAGAUGGCAGUCAAGCUGGAGAUGAGUCUGAUGACGAGUCUGUCGCUGAGCAUGUUCCUCACCCUGACGACGAGGUGUCGGAAGGAUCUGAUGCUGAAGAACAGGAGGACGCUGAGGAAGCAGAGAAGCGUGCUGCUUUCUUCGCUCCAGAGUCAAACAUGGAAGGCGAAAAUGAUCCUUCAGCAAAGCGUGUUGGUUCUUUCCAGGAGUUGAACCUUUCACGUCCGAUCAUCAAGGGUCUGUCAUCUGUUGGUUUCGCCGCCCCUACGCCCAUUCAACACAAGGCCAUCCCCGUCGCUCUUCUCGGUAAGGAUGUUGUCGGAGGUGCCGUCACAGGUUCCGGUAAAACCGCCGCAUUCAUCAUCCCCAUCCUCGAACGUCUCCUCUACCGCCCCAAGAAGGUCGCCACCACCCGCGUUGCCAUCCUCAUGCCUACACGUGAACUGGCUCUCCAAUGUUACAACGUCGCAGUCAAGCUGGCUAGUUUCACAGACAUCACUUUCGGUCAAGCAAUCGGUGGUAUGAGUUCGCGCGAGCAGGAAGCAGCACUCAAACAACGUCCCGAUGUCGUUAUCGCCACACCCGGUCGUUUUAUCGAUUUCAUGCGCAACUCAUCCGCCUUCCAAGUGGAUACAAUCGAGAUUCUUGUCCUCGACGAAGCCGACAGAAUGCUCGAAGACGGUUUCGCAGAUGAGUUGAACGAGAUCUUGACCACCAUCCCCAAAUCCAGACAAACCAUGCUCUUCUCCGCCACAAUGACAUCCAGCAUCGACAACCUGAUUCGCGUGGGUCUGAACCGCCCCGUCCGUCUUAUGGUUGACAGCAAACGUCAAACCGUCGCAGGCCUUACUCAAGAAUUCGUGCGUUUGCGUCCAGGCAGAGAAGACAAGCGCAUCGGCUACCUCCUGCACCUCAAAGAAGCCCAUCGCGUACGCGUCAUCUUCGGUCUCCUCGGUCUCAAAGCCGCAGAACUGCACGGAAACAUGUCGCAAGAACAGCGCAUCAACGCCAUCGAAGCCUUCAGAUCCGGCACCGCCAACUUCUUGCUCGCCACCGAUGUCGCCUCCCGUGGUCUGGAUAUCAAAAACGUGGAUGCAGUCAUCAACUACGAAGCACCCCAAACCCAAGAGAUUUACCUGCACAGAGUAGGUCGCACAGCCAGAGCAGGCAGACAGGGAAAAUCGUGCACCCUCGCUGCAGAACCCGACCGCAAAGUCGUCAAGCAGUGCGUAAAGACCGCACGCACCCAAGGCGCCAUCAUCAAAUCCCGCAUCAUCGACCCCAAAUCCGCAGACGAGUGGUCCCGCAAAGUAGACCUACUAGCCGUGGAAAUCGAAGAUGUUUUGCGUGAAGAAAAAGAAGAAAAAGUGCUUGCAACAACCGAAAUGCAAAUGCGCCGUACGGAAAACAUCAUGACGCACGAAGACGAAAUCCUCUCUCCCAAAAUCAGAGGAAAAGAAGAACUCAACGGAGCAAUGACGCCAGGAGCCAAACUCAAGGGCGACAGAAAGAAGCUCUCCAACAAGCAAAAGAAGAAACUCGAAGACAAGGAUGAGAGAAUGGAGGAGGCCGCAAAGGGUGGUGCUAAGGGCCCGAGGAAGUCCAUGUAA